AUGGCGGUGACUGGCGGUGCGGACAUUGAGGAGCUCGUCAAGCGGAUCACAGACCACCCCGGCGUGCGGGGGCUGAUCAUUGUGAACACGGACGGCAUCCCCAUUCGCCACACCUUCCAGGAACAUUCCCGGCCCCUUGCCGUGCAGUACAGCGCGCUAUUCCAGAGUCUGGCGAUGAAGGCCCGAAGUGCCGUGAUCGAACUAGACAACAACAACGACCUGCUCUUCAUCCGUGUGCGCUCAAAGAAGCACGAGGUGCUUGUGGCUCCCGACACAAAGUACCUUCUAAUCGUCAUUCAACAGGUACGGAGUGAGGGUGACUUACCCAUCGGACAGGAGAAGACGGUGUAA